GUUUUGUGAAAGAUGGCUUUGCCGAAAGAGGAGGAGUUCCACUUAGUCUUUUUACGUAUUUAAGGCUUGUUCCCUGAUUCCUUCUUCAGAUGAAGAAAGCUUAUUUAGGUCAUUUCUCGUUCAAUCAGUUUGAGUUCUCAUUCAUCCUCUUCCUUGUAGCACUGGAAGCCCUAAUUCCCAGAGCUGCUGGUUGAUUCACGAUUCUAAGAAUUGUCAACGCGCGCCUUGGGCUUCAAUGUCGUUUUGCGAAGUAGUCUCGAUUCUGCGAUGUAUUGGUUGAACUCUCUUCGGCCGUGCUGUUGUGGGGCGCAACUUGCAGAACUGUAUGAGGAUUUUUUGAGUUGAUCAGCGAUGGCGUGUGAGUCUGGGCAGGGCUGUGGAGCCGGGCAAGGCUGUGGAACGAAUGCUUGUAGCUCAGAGAAUUUGUGUAGUAAAGAUGAGAGGGUGUUUCCUCCGAAUGGCAAGAAGUCUGGAGUUUGCGCGAAGUGCAAGGAACAGCCAACUUCUGAAGAUUUUGAGCUGUGUUGUACGUGCCUACACACGAAUUUGAUAUCCAAAUUUAAGACGGCUGUUAAUCAGAAUUCGCUCGUUACUCCUGCAGAUCAUGUUCUUGUGGCUUUUUCCGGGGGAGCAGCUUCUAGAGUUGCCUUGGAGUUUUUACGCGAAAUUAGGUUGAGACAACAGACGGAUUUAGAUGCUUCCAGAGGCCAAGGAACGCGUGUUUUUGGGCUCGGUGUAGUGUUUGUGGACGAGGCAGCGGCUUGGUCCGGUCCGUCCCUCGACCUCGAACAUACCAUUGAAGAAAUUAGCUCAAUUAUUUUAACUGAAAGUGAGAGACCGGUGCCUUUACAUAUCGCCAAACUUCAAGAUGUAUUUGAAGCUGAGGGUUUGCGUUCAUCUGUAGGCUUGGAUGAGGAUGUUGGUAUUAGGAGUUCAGAAGAAAUGCUCCAGGAAUUGCUUAGGAAUGUGGAAGACGUAACCGGGAAGGAGGAUCUUGUUACCUAUUUACGAAUGCAAGUUCUUCAAAAGAUAGCUAAGGAACAUGGAUACACAAAACUUGUAUUAGGUGUAUGUUCGUCACGUAUUGCCGCACGUUCCAUAGCUGCUACGGCGAAGGGGCAAGGAUACUCUUUUUCAGCGGAUAUACAGUAUUGGGACUCAAGAUGGCCAGUUACAGUUGUUCUUCCUUUGCGUGAUGUUCUCGCCCGAGAGCUUGAUGUUUAUUGUCGACUAGCCAACCUUAAAACGGUCGUCAACAAGAAUACAUUACACGGCACAGACAAGUCAAAGAGCAUCAAUGAAUUAUCGCGAGAAUUUGUUUCCUUGCUGCAGGAGCAAAAUUUCUCCCGAGAGUACACAAUCACACGAACAAUGGGAAAGCUUAAGUCUUUUGUCUUCAACACACCACCAGUCGGCCCUAUUGAAAUGGCACUCCGUAGGCGCAGAGGAAUCGAGACUCCUAAACCUGAAACUGUCUCAGCAGCAAACACAGUUCCUGACUUGCUUUGCCCAAUCUGCAGCGCUCCUCUGGAUGUGCGAGACUUCCUGCAUGGUGAUGUAGAGUUCACAGACAAGUCAAGCAACAAUGCUGAAUCGCCUUCUGUUAACUCCAAAGGUGAUCUACCGGCGUUAUCCUCCGACACGUUCAAGAACAUGUGUUGUCCUAGUUGUAGGUUUCAGAUUUUGCCCAAGAAUGAGCCAAAGACAGAGUCGAUGGUUAAGGCUCUACCAGAAGUAAUGAGGGACCGCGCUGUUGCAAACUUCGAAGACAAACAAUGCUGGAUGAGGUCCAGAAUACAAGAAUAUCUACUUUCGGAUGAUGAAGAUUGAAAGCCAAAGCAGCCUAUUGUACUUAUGACAUCACUCUAUUUGCAAGAACCCUAGGGAUUAAUGAAAGAAAGCAAAAGCUUGACCAAGAUGAAGCAAAGUUAAAUAUUAAAAUAAUUUUUGAUUGUUUGCAUUGUUUGCAAGUUUGGAAACUAGAAGUGAUGAAGGAGGUGAAUCCUUUUGACUUCCUUGCUUCUUUUGGAUUACAUUUCAACCAUUUCAAAUCUGCAAAUUUUUUUGAUCUCAUGGUUAUAUAAAACAUUUCUUAUAGUACAA